AUUUCAGUGCUUUAUUAUUAUUAUUUUAAGCCUAAUUCGACUUAAAGAAUCUCAAUACCGUCCAAGAGGGAAAGCUGCAUGUAGGCUGUGGGAAGCGGUAGCCUCUAGGGCCCAGAGGAUAUGCGGGAGGCAUUUUCUCUGCUGGUGCGGCUGCGAGCGAGCAGAGCGAGAGACCUGGAAAUGAAAGUAAAGAGCUCAGGAGGCACAUGGAGGGAGCUGCAGGGGCAGCCGAUCCACAAGCAGAAUGCUCCCUCCUAUAAUUAAAUAGCACUUACUGUUAUUAUUACUUAUAGUAAUAAUACGUUAAUAAUACCUCUAGUAAUAUAAUACCAUUUAUCGAGGAAAGUUAUACGUAGCGUGGGGGGGAGAACCCGAAGAGAGCGAUUGUAAUGGAGAGACAGAAGAGAAAACAAGAAAUAGAGAAAGGACUUCAAUUAAUUCAAUCUACAUUACCCUUAAGCCAAGAAGAUUAUGAGGCUGUCUUGCAGAAGCUGGUGAGAAACUUGUUUGCAGAGGGCAAUGAUUUGUUUCGAGAGAAGGAUUUCAAGCUGUCGCUGGUACAGUAUGUAGAAGGGCUGAAUGUGGCAGAUUAUGCAGCCUCUGAUGAGGUGACCAUCCCAAAGGAACUCCUGUGCAAGCUGCACGUCAACCGAGCUGCCUGCUACUUUGCCAUGGGAUUGUACGAGAAGGCUCUGGAAGACAGUGAAAAGGCUUUAGGUCUUGACAAGGAGAACAUCCGAGCGCUCUUCCGCAAGGCUCGCUCUUUAAAUGAACUUGGAAGGCACAAAGAAGCGUAUGAGUGUAACAGCCGUUGUCUGCUGUCCCUCCCUCAUGAUGAGAGUGUCACGCAGCUGGGACAGGAGCUUGCACAGAAGCUGGGACUGAGGGUUCGAAAAGCGUAUAAAAGGCCUCAGCAGGAAUUGGAAACAUUCUCUCUACUCAGUAACGGCACGUCCAUCAAUUUGUCAAAUCAGACCACUUCCAAUGGUUUGGGGUCGAUUGAUGACAUUGAAACAGACUGCUCUAUGGACCUGCAGUGCCUGCCAGCUCCUGUGGCCACCUCCAUCCCCGUGAGCGAGGGGCUGUCCCCUUUGCACUCAGAUUCAGAUGCAAAGGGCCUGCCUAGCUCGCUCCCUGCUGCCAGCUUGCUCCCAUCUCCAGAGUCCGUGUCUCUGCCAGUGCCUGACAAUGUGGAGGACUUCACAGAUGGGGACAUAAUUGGGGAAGAACUGGACUCCCUCCUGGAUUCCCUCGCUGAGGGUUCACCGUACCCUCUAUCUUUGGUCCAGGGCACCAUUCCCACCAACCUGCCAACAGAGAUGCCCCAGCUGAUCCCUGUGUUUCCAGGGGGAACUCCACUGCUUCCCCCAGUUGUGACAGCUAGCAUCCCUGUCUCAAGCCCGCUGCCACCUGCCUCCUUUGGCCUGGUGAUGGAUCCCACCAAACAGCUGUCCUCCUCCUCUGUCUUGGAUGCCUUCGAGCCCCCACCCGGGGGAAGUGGUGGCUCCACCUUAGAUUCCCUGGAUUCCCUGGACCUGCUCCCCUACACAGACUCACGUCUCGAUGCCCUGGAUUCCUUUGGGACAAGCAGAGGGUCGCUGGAUGCCUUGGACUCCUUUGCCAUUGAAGAAACCAGCCCUCAGGAACUGCGACAUCCACCUGGCAACCAAAAACCAUCCCCCGUGGUGAGUGAGCCGCUCCCCCAUGCUGAUGUCCCAAGGUGCUCUGGAGCCAAGGUAGUCAGCCUUGGUGGAGUGAGUCACCCAGCUGUGCCCAAAGUCACCGAGCACCUGCUGUCCCAGCCAGAACCAGUAAUACCCAACACAGCCUUGCUGGUGAAGAACCCUCUGGCAUCUACCCAUGUCUUCAAACAAGCCUGUCACAUCUGCUACCCUAAAACAGGGCCCAAGGCUGGUGAUUACACCUAUCGAGAAGGCUUGGAGCACAAAUGCAAGCGAGACAUCCUGCUGGGCCGGCUUAAGAACUCAGAAGACAAGACUUGGAAGAGGAUCCGUCCUCGCCCAACCAAAACCAACUUUGUAGGAUCAUAUUACCUGUGCAAAGAUAUGCUUAACAAGCAGGACUGUAAGUACGGGGAUAACUGCACCUUCGCGUACCACCAGGAAGAGAUCGACGUGUGGACGGAGGAGAGGAAGGGGACUCUCAACCGUGACCUCCUCUUUGACCCACUAGGUGGGAUCAAACAGAGCAACCUUACCAUUGCCAAGCUCCUGAAGGAACAUCAAGGCAUCUUCACCUUCCUCUGUGAGAUUUGCUUUGACAGCAAACCCCGGAUUAUCAGCAAAGGGACCAAGGACACGCCAUCUGUCUGCUCCAACCUCUCUGCCAAACACAGUUUCCAUGACAACAAGUGUCUGGUCCACAUCGUACGUUCCACAUCCCUGAAGUACUCCAAGAUCCGACAGUUCCAGGAACACUUUCAGUUUGAUGUGUGCCGGCACGAGGUGCGCUACGGCUGCCUGCGUGAGGAUAGCUGCCACUUUGCUCAUAGUUUCAUUGAGCUCAAGGUCUGGCUGCUGCAGCAGUAUUCAGGAAUGACCCACGAAGAUAUUGUGCAGGAAUCUAAGAAGUACUGGCAACAGAUGGAAGCACAUGCCAGCAAACCAACCAACAGCAUGGCUUCUCCCCGGGCUCCCACAUCGAGCACCUUUGACCUCCAGAUGAAAUUUGUGUGUGGCCAGUGCUGGAGGAAUGGACAGCUGGUGGAGCCAGAUAAAGACCUCAAGUACUGUAGUGCCAAAGCCCGCCACUGUUGGACAAAGGAACGUCGAGUUCUGCUGGUGAUGUCCAAAGCGAAGAAGAAGUGGGUGUCUGUCCGACCACUGCCUUCCAUCCGCAAUUUCCCACAGCAAUAUGAUUUAUGUAUCCAUGCACAAAAUGGCAGGAAAUGCCAGUAUGUGGGCAACUGCUCCUUCGCCCAUAGUCCUGAGGAGAGAGACAUGUGGACCUUCAUGAAGGAAAAUAAAAUACUAGAUAUGCAGCAGACCUAUGACAUGUGGCUAAAGAAACACAAUCCUGGGAAGCCUGGAGAGGGAACACCACUCACUUCGCGAGAAGGGGAGAAACAGAUCCAGAUGCCCACUGACUAUGCUGACAUCAUGAUGGGCUACCACUGCUGGCUCUGCGGGAAGAACAGCAACAGCAAGAAGCAAUGGCAGCAGCACAUCCAGUCAGAGAAGCACAAAGAGAAGGUCUUCACCUCAGACAGUGACUCCAGCUGCUGGAGCUAUCGCUUCCCUAUGGGCGAGUUCCAGCUCUGUGAAAGGUUCCAGAAGAGCAAGGCCUGCCCCGAAGGAGAAGAAUGUCGCUAUGCCCACGGCCAGGACGAGCUGACGGAGUGGCUAGACCGCAGGGAGGUGCUGAAACAGAAAUUGGCCAAAGCCCGCAAGGACAUGCUGCUCUGCCCCCGGGACGACGACUUCGGGAAAUACAACUUCCUAUUGCGGGAUGGUGUAUAGUAAGGGCCGGGGUGGGGGGGAGCCUGUUGGCUGGAGAAAUGCAGGGCGGGUUUUCUGAGUGAGGCAGUAGCAGGGCGAGCGAGAUCCGUGUCUCGCAAAGAGAACUUUUUCUUUUCUUUCGUUUUAAGAUUUUGAGACGAUGAUUUAUUAGUGGUGAAUGAAAACGUGAAUUUGAUUCUCCUUGGCCAGCGAACGCCAUGCUCACUGAGUUUGUGGUCCAUCUUCUCUCUGUUAUUUCCCCUAAAUUCUCCUUUCUCUCCAUCUUUUUGUUUUCGCUGUCCUUCGUUUAAAGGAAUGGAUCCAGUCUGUACUAGGAUGUGAAUGAAAAUUUCUCCUUAUCGCUCCCCUACCCUUCUUUUGGGACUGUGGCUGCAGAGGUCAGGAAGACAGAGCUGGGAGAAAGGGCUAGACAUCUGCUGAAAAGGGGACCAUGAAGUUCAUGUGUUCCUGUUCUCAGUGCUGCAGAGCAAGUAUCACAACUGGCCUGCUUUCUUGGGAGUUCAGUACCAGAAGAAUAGGGAAUUGAGAUGCAAGGAAGAAAAGCCACAAGAUGUGGCUUAAAACAUCUGGGUUUAAACCCCUACUCAAUAUAUUCUGCUGAGGCAUCAACUGGAGCUGAGGGGGGUGAGGGGUAACAGCCAUCUGGUAGAAAGAGUGCAGCUAAAAGCAGCAAAAUAAUUACACUUUUUACAAUGGUGGGAACUACAUUGUAAGAACCUAUAGACUGUUUUGGCUGACUGUAACCAGGAAACAAGUUGGUCAUGCCUCACUAGAUGUCUUUCUCAAGUGUGCAACUUGUUUUUGGAGUGGGUGGUUUUGGUUUGUUAUUGGUCUGGUCUGACUGGUGCAAGUAAGACAGCAAAGUCAUCUAGGAGGUGUACUGGAGACUGUGACCUGCUGUGUGUCACCAUACUCCACACAGCACAGUCAGUCAGGAAGAAGGCUGUAACCAAAAGGACUCUAUUUCUCUGUCUGCUUGUGUCCAGGAAGGAUGCAAUGAGGUUCCUUUCUUGCUCUUUAAGUGGCAUGUGUUGGUGGUUUUAUACUGCACCAGCAGACAAUGAGUUGAUGGUUGGACUAGACGAUCUUAAUGGUGUUUGCCCACCUUAAUGAUUCUAUGAACUGGAUGGAGAUUGGAUUAGAAAGACACCAUCAGGCAAUGUGGGUGUAACGUGGAGGAUCUGGUACUGGUCAUGCUUUGCUGUUGGGAAUUCAGCUGGAAGCAUGUUUACAAGUGCUGAAGGUCCAGUCCAGACUCACUGGACCUCAGCACACUGAUGGUUCUCCAUCAGGGCUGAACCCCUGGGCAAGAUUUUUGGUUUCCAUGGUGGCAGAAGAGAGAAGCCUCAUUCUGUGUGCCAGCCUUGUUGUUUCUGGUGUUCCCAUAAGCAGUAAACAUCUCUUAUUCUGAGCUUCCCUCUCAUGUUUCCUGCAUCCAGCUGUGCUCUGUAGUUUUGUUUGCGUGGAUGGCAUCAUCUUCUCCAACACAAAAGCUUCUCCUUCCCUGCCUUCAUGAUGAUGUCUUUUUUGUAUACAGGCUCCCAGAACAGCAAGCUGAGAAUCCUCGGGGCUGGCAGACAGCACUGUAUCCAUGGCAAAUACAAUUUGGCUGUGUUCCAUAUGGUGCUUUGGCAUUGUUGAGUCCCGCUUUACCCUGCCUGCUCCCAUAUCCUUUGGGUUCCCAGUUUUGAGAAAGAUGGGACAUGGUAAUAAUAUGCAGGAAAUGCUGUGGGAACAGCUGGCACCUUUCUGAAUCAGCAUCCAGAUAGCUGCAUCAGCAGCACUGAGAUAGUUAUGGCCCAGGAGCAGAAUGUGCUGCAUGCUGGUCUUGGGUCUUUCUAGUAGUAUGAUGUGCCCCAAAUAAGCCACAUGUGCCUCUGAACUUGCUUCCUCACCUGUAAAAACACAGAGGGGGUCAUCGUUUUCAUGGGAGGUUCCCUUCUUGGCUGCACAGCACCUUGAGAUCUGCCCUGAAAGGGGCCUGGGCUGUAGCAUCUGAUGAAACAUGAGUGGCUUAUGGUAGAUCAGGGAGAGGAGGGGAGGGAAGUGGCCAUUUCCAGCUCUGCCCAUGUGAGAGGUGAAGGAUGAGAUCCAGAAGAAUCUGCACAGAUGGAGAAAAAGAAUGACCAAUGCAAUAUCAGAUAUGGCAUUUUUUGAGAGCUUAGGUACUGUGUUUUCUCUGCUCUUUGUUGUCCAGAUUGUAUCUUCUGCUGGUGCUCCUUGUGCUGGUCAAUUUUAUGAAUAGAGAAGGAGAUGGGAAGUGAUGGGCACCAGCUCCUGGGUUAUCUUGUCCUGCUGAGCAGAGAUGCCAAGGAACUAAUCUGGACUGGGAAAUGUUGGAAUAUGUUUUUAUUUUUAAUACAAAUCUGCAUCUCUAGUGUGAUUCAAGCGUUCGCUGCGCUGUGAUUUCUCAUACAGUAACUUGUUUUAGGUUCCAGAGUGGGUCAUUGUCCCCUCUCCCUGUCUCUGCAUGGGGAGCUGAGCUGCUCAGUGGGACUGAGAUGGGGAGAGGCCAAGCAUGUGUGAGGGGAGGAAGGCCCACGGUCACGGGUGUUGCGUUGAGUAUCUCUUUUCGUUUUCCCUGAUAUGAUAACCUGGUCUGUGGUGUUGCAGUACUUUGUCACCAGACUUGUUUUAGUGUGUAUAUAUGUGACCCCUCCCAUGAAGCAUAUAUACACAGGUAUUAAAUAUAUUGCUCUAUAUAAUAUUAUAUGUGUGUGGUAUCAAAGGAAUCUUUUUAAUGAGGGUAAAGGAAAAGGACUCGGGCCAGGAAACGCAGCAUCUCCGUUUAAAAUAUGAAGGCUUUUAUUUGGAUUAGGGAAAGGGAAAUAACAGAGGGGAGGGUUUUAUAUAGAUAGGUAUAAAUUCUGAGAUGGGGCAAGUUUGCCUGUUCAUGCUUUUAAAACCCCCUAGGAUGUCCUUACAGUCCCAUCUCAGUGAAAGGGUAUUAUACUGCUAAUUACUGAGUGAAGUUUUCACAAUAAGGCUUUGCUUAUAUUAUCUAAAAGGACAUUGUAAAAGGCAGGAAGCUUCACACUUGGCUUCCCAGGCUCACUUUAUCGAGUCAAGAGGUUUUUCUUCAGCACGUUAUGUACUUCCAGUAGAAAUGCUUGGCGCUCUCAGCUCCACAGCAGUUAACCCCACAGGUAAGUUGUAGGGCUGCUUCAGCAGUGCACUCGCACAACCCUCUGAUAACUCUCUCUUUUAUUCAUUCUUCUGAGGGAAGAAGAAAAUUUUGCAGUGUGGAACCAAGUCCGAGGGUUAUUAACGAUGCUUUGAUUUUAUAACAUUAGAAGAAAAUCUCACGUCCUGUAAAAUAAUCACACACACAGAGUAGAGACUUUGAUUUAGAUCAGCUUGUUAAAUGAUGAAGGACUUGGUGAGAAUCUCUUCCCAAAUCCUUUGGUAAGGGUCAAGGUUUAAGUGAUGCUGGUGUGAACCUGACCUUUACGGAGAG